UACAUCUCGAUGUCUUUAAGAAUGCAGCUAUAGUUCCGGCAGUUCGGAGAAUCGUUAACGCUCGUGUGUUCUUUGCGAUCGCACCUCUCGUAUUUCCCAUCUUCUCUCCCUUUCUCUUCGACGCUCGAUUGUAUAUCCUCGUCUCGUCUCAAUAGCGCGCCGAUAGCUAAGCGUAGGACCGUAGGACUGGAAAAAAGCAGCCUAGAUACUCAUUUAUAUUUCAUGACAUCCGCUCGAUACAGAUGUGCGGAUAACUGCCAGCGGGGCGAGAUACGCGGAAGCGCGGGCGAGAGAGCGGCGGACUUGCCGUAUUGAACCAGCUUUGAGGUCGAACGCCGACUCUGCUAGAGGAAGACCACGAACGAGGCGGAAGGCGAGAGACCGCGCGGUGGACGCCGUCCUUGCGGUCUGUUUUCGAACGCGGGGCCGACGAACGGUAAGAAUCAAGAGCUGCCUCUCGCAAACAAUCGAAGACGCGCGCUCCGCGGCGCCGUGCGUAGCGCGUAGCGUGCCGCCGCUGCCGUUCGCCGCACGCCAAUUAUUCCGUAAACUUCUCUCGCCUUGCCCAGUCACCGCGUUACGUCAUACGCGCGGUCGCGUAGUUGAUAACGCGGCCCAAAGGCGACGGGUCGUCCUCCCGCAAGUGUCAUUCCGCUCGACCUCGCGUUUCCGCACCAACCUGCAGCCAUGGGCGAUUCCUCGGGAGUUCCUGUCGAAGUUAUGAGCAAGGAGACAGCUUUGGAGAAGAUAGCGGAUGAAUGCGUGGAAGUGGAGACACCCGAGACGACAAAGGACUCGCAGGCGGAAGUUACGACUUGUCCAGAGGUUGCUAGUGUGACGCGGCAAGUUUCCGAGACUGCUGGUGACGUAAAAUCCCAUGAUAAUAACGCAGAGAAAUCUCUGAUAGGGAUGGAGUGUGAACCGGAAUUGAACGAUGACGCCGAUUUCACUGUUGACAUCUGCUUAGAUCAGUUUGAUGGACAGAAGGAGAUAACGGACGAAGAUGUGAUGGAUCAUUUGGAUGUAAUAGAAAACAUUGAAUUGGAUCCUGAAACCUUCGGUGUGGAUGAGUGUAUGAAGGAAACUGAUGAAUCAGAAUUGUUUCCCAAAGAAGUAACAGAGCAGGAGCCAGAUAAAGGUGAAGCGGCACUGCCCGAAGAAGAAGAAAAUGAAGAAGAAGAAGAAGACAACAAGUGGUACGAAAAGAAGCUUGCAGAGAAAGAUGCUCUUUUAAGAGAUAGACUGUCAAAGUUAGCUCGAGUGUUAACAGUUUCUUAUCCUUCUUAUGAGAAAUGGCUAGAAAGAAUAGAGAAGAUAGAAGGAUCGCCCAUAUGUAAAAUAGAUUCGAUCCGACGUUGCUCAUUAAAGAAACCAAUCCAUACCAAUCGAUGGAAAUUUCAGUGUAAGAAAAGAAAUGUAGAGGAGUCUCUAAAACAAGAAGAUAAUAGUUUCAAAACAAUGUGGUACCUCGAACAAAUUGGAAUAGGGGGUGCUAAUGUCGAUAAUACAAGUGAAUUACCAUCUUUUGUAUUAAAGGCAAUCAAGAUAUUUGAAGAUUUUCUUCAAACAACUAUAACUCCAACUGAAGACACUUCUAAUGAAAAUCCAUCGAGUGACACACCAAUGGACAUUGACACAAGGAAAGGUGUAGAUCAAGAUAACAAACAACAAUGGUUGUAUUUGUUAGUACGUUGCAAUAGCAAGGAUGAACUCAUGCUUUUUGCAACUGGGAAAAAUAUUAGUCAAAGCGUUACGGAUCGUUUGAAGCAGACAUUUGAGUCUGGUCCUGGGAAGAAUUGUAACGUCAAAUCUCUCUAUUGCAAAUCGUUGAACAAACGCGAUGAUAAAAUUGUUACAACAUUCUUAGUGGGGGCAGAAGCUUUAGACGAAAUGGUGGGUAAUCUAAAAGUGCAGCUCGCGCCAAAGACAAACUUUUGGUGCAACGCUGCCGGUGCGUGGAAUGUAGCUAAAGCAGUUGCGGACAUGCUUGAACCUACACAAAAGAUUACAGUACUUGAAAUCGGUUGUGGAAUUGGUGUAAUUGGGCUUACAAUAGCAUCUAAAUGUCGAGAAGUGAUAGGAGUUGAUUCACCUUCGGAAAUAGAAGAAGCUGAAAUGACGAGCGAGAUGAACAACAUAUACAAUGCAUCGUUCAUAAUGGGAUCCCCAUCUGAAGUUGUACAAAAAUUAGAUUCUGCGCGUGAUUUACACAAUAAAAAUCGUAUGACUUACUGCAUAGUCAAUACGGGCACCAAUAUGGGUAGAGCUAUUGAAGUAAUGACAUGCUUAAGAAAAAUCAGUUCCCUUCGUCGUAUUGUAAUGGUCACUACGUUGACAAAACAAUCAGUUCGAGCGAUAUUAGAACUUGGACGGCCUAUAGAAAGUGGGCUCGGUCAUCCGUUCAUGCCAAUUCGAGCAUGUGUCGUCGAUACAUUGCCUACUGGACCUCAUUUCGAGGUGGUUAUUCUAAUGGAACGUAGGCUCAUGCACAGGCUUACGCAGCCGUGGUUUAUCAAGAUGCUGGAAGAAGAAGGCAAGUCAUUGGCUAAGCUUAACGCUAGAGCAAACACUAAGACUUUGGAAAAAAUGAUCGAUAAUGACAAAACUGAAGAUGCGAAUGUACAAUUAAGAAAGAAUCCAUUAGCGAAACCCGAACUUGUGGAAAAAGUGACAUUUGCAAAAAAGACAACCAAAGCGGUGAAAAGCGGUUCACCGGUGAAAGGUAAAAUAAGAUUAAAACGGGAUCACUCGCCCGAAGUAAUAGAAAUAAAGAAAGUGCCUAAGAAAAUCGAUAUGUUUGGACCUAAAUUAGGGCAACAGGAUUUUACAGCUAAGAAAAAGAAUUGGCUUCAUGAAAACCCCACGCUUCGCAUCAAUCCAUUAUUCGAGAAAAAACGGGAGAACAAAGAGGUUGAUUUACGAGAAAAAUUGUUGAGUAACCGAAUUGACACAGAUCUAAUACAGAAGGUGAAUGAAAGUCGUGAAAUUCUUGAAGCAGCCAAAGAAAAGUUAAGCGGUCCAUCUCCCACGGUUGACGCAACGACCGCUAAGGAAUUAAAAAAUGUCUUAAGUUUGGUUCUCGAUCAAACCAAUAAAUUUCAAACUCAUUUGCCGCGCUCAGUGUGGGAUCGUAUCGCGCCACCUGAGCCUGACGCGAAGAGUCAAGCGAAGAGAGACCUUGAUGACGAUCCUCUUCUGAAAGGUCGAUUUGUACAAGAAACCCGAGCUCAGGAUAUUGUUAUCACGGCGCCGAACAAAGAGUAUUUAGAAACCGAGGAUCCUAAGCCGAAAUUCAAAAAGUAUCACAAUCUGCAACCGCUAGAGCCAAAUAUGCUGAUGCCGCUUAAUAUGAAAUCGAAAAAAUUUAAAGGCAACAGCAAUAAAUUUGACUUUUCCCAAAAGUCAUUUGACAACAGAAAUAGACCACAAAAUCAAGAUUCCUGGAAUAGAAAUAAGAAUUUUGAUAGAAAUCGGUGGAACGAUGGAUCUACGAAGAAAUCUCCAAUGAGAAGGCAGGAUGUGUCAUUUAGACAACGAUCGCCAGAUAGAUAUUCACCAAAGCGUCCCUUACUGUCACCACCGAGACGCCUGAGCUCGCCGCCUAGACGACAUCUCUCUUCGGAUAGGUCGUAUCAACCGCAUGACUCUUCGCCACAUCGAGAAUAUUCUCAAAGACGGCAAAUGUCGCCAGUAAGGAUUAUAAUAGGGCACAGUAAGAUAAUAUCAUCCGACGACAGACAUCAAAUGUCGCCACCCAGAUCAUUUUCACCAGUUAAUCGAACAAUGUCCCCGCCGAGGCGACCAAUGUCACCUAUGAGACGGCACAUGUCGCCGCCGAGGCAACAGUUGUCUCCACCGAGACGACAUAUGUCUCCGAUGGAAUAUGAUCUAUCUUCGAGACAGUCUCCGGAAAGAAGACCUAUGUCGCCUAUUGGCAGAAUGAUGUCUCCGUCAAGAUCAAGAGACAUGAUUCCACCGCGACAUCAGUCGCCUCCCAUGAGACACUUUUCGCCGCAUCGGGCGUCCCAUGUACGUGGUGCCUCGCCUUCAAGGCGACAGCAAUCCCCUCCAAGGCGACAGCUAUCUCCUCCGAGGCGCCAGAACUCGCCACCAAAUAGGUUUGCGGAUGAGUGGGACAUACCAAGUCGAGGCGCUAUUGAACAGAGCAACACUUGGCAACGGUCCGUUAACGAAAGACCGGAAAACGUCUGGCGUGACGAGAGGCAGCCGUCUACGAGCGGAAAUUGGCAGACUUUGCCUGAUAAUGACAGAUAUCGCAAGUCGGCUAACCAAAACAAGUCCUGGGAUGUCAGAGAUUCCUCGUCUCAUGGAAAUUCGUGGAAUACAAAGCAGUCGCUUGCAAAGCCCGGCAUGAAAGAACCAUGGCAGCCUACGGAGCCUAGAUGGUCCGUUCCAUCCAGAUCGGGAACCGGUGGCGACAACUGGAGUCGGGGCAAGGAAAGUUUGGGUGGUCGCAAUAAAGAGCAGUGGAUGAAUACAAACAAGUCGCGAUGGGAGCAGCCGCAGUCUAACGAUUGGAAUCAAGGAGACAAAGAGGAUUGGAACGACCUUCCGGAAGAUGCGCGGGACCCCUGGGGCGAUGAAAGCAAUCCUAGCUUGAAGGAUAGGUGGCCGAACGUCGAUAAUCAGGCUACAUCGUCCAACAAUUGGUCCAGAGAAGCUGACAAGGGGGACCCUUGGGCAAAGCCGAAAGACAAUUGGCAGAGCAAGUCGCAAGCAUUUCCAGCGAAAUCGCUAUGCCAAAAUAUUAAUAAUUCAAGCAUGAACGACUCGCGCUGGUUACCACCUAUAAAUGAUAUGAAUAAGAAGGUGUCAUCCAAUUGGCAAGGAGGGACUAACGUUGGAACCAACGCUGGAACCAAUGCUGGAACCAACGCUGGAACCAACGUUGGAACCAAUGUUGGAUGGCAAUCAAACUAUGGUUUUCAGUCCCAGCGAUCCUUUAUGCCCAAUUUGUAUAAGGAUCGACGUUAGAUGAAACAUUAGAUAAGAUAUUUUGAUGUUACUCAAAGUAAUAAUAGCUUAUCACUUCAUCGUUUUGGUUUAUCAAACAACACACAUAUGUUUUUCGGAUAUGUAGUAAGAAGUUCAGACAGAAAAGUUAUGUGAUACAUAAAGUAUAAGUCGAAUAAAGUUAUAUAUUGCAGAA